GUCGAACCGAAUUGAUGACAUCGACCUCAAAUGGCCCACACUGCACUCUCUACAUUGUGCACUCGGCCAGGCCUCAGCUCAGCUUGGUUUCUUCUGCAUUGGCCACAAGCUGCUCAAUUCCAAGCCGUCUGUCUCGAAACCCUCAGUCCCUUCUUCUUAUCUCCUUUCGUCACCUCCUAAACAUCAACGUCAACAAUCCAAAGCCGUCUCCGUGCCGAAACAGCUCGUCUAUUUGGCUGCCUUUCUCUGUUGAUCGCCUCACCCUCUCUCUGGCCCCCGCCUUGGAUCUUCGGCCGCUGCUUGGAGUCUACAGUCUCUCCUCCCCUUGUGCGAUAGUCAAUCCCUCAGGCACUCCCGCCCUGCGGACCAAAUUCCUGGGGGACCGCCCGCAAGACUGGUCGAACCACAACGGCCAUGGACCUGAACGAUGGCCGCCUUCAGUCCAGCCCACUUACCAACGCCCUAUCCUCCCCCCCUCGUCCACCACCGGCACGCCACGCCAAGCAGAAACGCGCGCCAUCCAUCACUCCCCGCAAGUUCAAUGCCUUUUUUGCCCGCCGCUCGACGCGUCUAGCCCCGAAUGGCGCUUCUGUUGACCAGAGCUCACGUGCCUUGGGUGCCAUCACCGGCUCGGCCAUUAAUAGACGCCAGCCCCAGUUGAAGGACGCCCCAGUCCCAAUGAAACCUCUGGGCACCCCAGAUGUCGACCGUGUUCAGGGCGAGAACGAUCAGGACGACAACGACGACGACAAGACCGAGAGCGAGACACCAAGGCAAUCCAAGCGGCGCAAGACGGGUCACCACACUCCUCCCGACUCGUCGCCCAUCAAGCCACCGCCUCUUUUCAAUUCUUCACCCUGUGUUCGGGAGGAUGAACCCGCAGGCGUCAGAUCGGCACUUCUGAGCCCUUUGCAGUCUCUUGCGACUAGCAGUCAGAUGACUGAGGACAUAUCAGACUUCGAAUGCGACCAUGACGACUCCGACGACGACCACGAGCCGCCGAAGCGCCUGAAGCAGCUGACCCACAGGGGGAUGGGAGCUCAGCUCUUCCAGCGGCAACUGGGAGGCAGGCCAAAGGCAGGCCGUUUUUAUUUGUCGACUCCAUCAUCCGAUUGGCGCUCAGAAACGGCAAACUUCAGCUCAGGUCCAGCCGACGCCCACUUUUGUUCCAGCCACGAGGGUCUGACAAGAUGCAUCCCUUUUUGCACAGCGUCGUGCAAUACUAACAGCCUGGUGGCUGUCGGGGACGAGGAGGGACGGGUGCGCCUGUUGGACUCCUCGCCAAGGGCACGUUUCGACAGGAUCCACCUGUGCUUUCAGGUCCACGGCAACGCCAUCAUCGAUAUGGCCUUCUCUGAGGACGACCAGCGGCUGGCGACAGCCUCGGGUGACCAGAGUGGCAAGGUAGUCGACAUGAUGACCCAGACGCCAAUUUCCGUACUGGGUCAGCACACUGCCUCCCUGAAGCAGGUCCGCUUUCAACCUGGCCAAUCACAGGGAAAUGUCCUAGCGACCUCUGGACGCGACGGCAGCAUCCAGGUCUGGGACCUUCGUUGCAACGGCGGAGCCGCUGUCAUGGACCCCAUUGUGUCGGACCGAGAGGCGGGACUGCAGUUCACGGCCCUGCGUAAGAUCAGCACCGGCUGCGUCGUCAAUUCUUUCUUUGGCGCCCACGAGGCCAUGCCACGCCACCAGACCCGCUCUGUAGGCCUGCUCGCCCCGACCACGACAUCGACCGACCACCAGACAGACAUAGCCUCCCGCGGCGAGAUGCCCGGUCGCAUCAGCGAGGUUUCUGUGACAGCCUUGCAGUGGCUGCCCGCGGGCCGCGAGCACCUGCUCCUGUCGGCCUGCGAGGCGGACACAUCUAUCAAGCUGUGGGAUAUCCGCUCCAUCCACACCAGUCGAAACCACCGCGCGCCUACGCCACUCAGCUACACGGCAACGCCCGCCUCGCACACCAGUUGGCGGCACUUUGGCAUCUCGUCGCUGACACUGUCCACCAACGGGUCCAGGCUGUACGCCCUCUGCAAGGACAACACAGUCUACGCUUACAGCACGGCCCACAUGAUCCUUGGUCCCGCACCUGGCAGCGCGCCCGUUAAGCGCCCCAAGCACGCUCCUGCGGACGAGCUUCCCGGCCCGCUGUAUGGCUUCCGCCACCCCAAUCUUCAUGCGACCUCCUUCUACGUCAAGUCCGCCCUGCGGCCUUUGCGCGGCGGCCGUAGCGAGAUGCUUGCAGUUGGCAGCGCCGACAACUGCCCCAUCCUCUUCCCCACGGACGAGCGCUACUUUGAGCAGGAGCUCGAGUCGGCCAGGCUGGGCCUCCAGAACCGCAACUCUGAUUUGACUUUGACAUCAUCGUCCUUUUCCCGCCCCUCAGCGGCACGCAGGCCUGUUCUCUCUCGCACAAGCUCCUUCGCGGCCCGGGCAGGCGCCGUUGGUGGUGGCGGGAUUGGUAACAAUAAGGAUGACGUCCCCAUCAUCCGCAACGUGGGCGGUCGGCCGCUUGGCACCCCCCUCGUGCGUGGUCACGAGAGGGAGGUUGGUUCGCUGUCCUGGACCGCGGAGGGCAAUCUGGUCACCGUCGGAGAUGACUUCAUGGUGCGAUGCUGGUACGACGGCAACAACCACGUGGGCCGGCAGGAAGAUGAGGGCCAAGCUGUCGAGACCGUGAAGAGACCCAGCGCCCGGGAGCUGAGAACCAAGGGCGAGGGCGAGGGUCGCAGGUGGGGUUGCGGAUGGGCCGACGUGGACGACCACUGGGACACUGAUGAAGACGACGAUGUUUGUGAGUGGUGAGCGGGCUCAGUGGGCGCGCGCAGUCUGUCGCCUGUUGGCACAGAACCAAAGCAUGAUGCACACGCGUGUGCCUGAGCAGCAUUUUGGACAGACCUGGCCAGUUUGGCAUCAGGGGUUGAGUCCCCACGCAGGCCGUCCUCAGGAGGAGCAGUUUGGCCUGAAAACCUGUUGGAAUAGGCGAGGCAUUUCUUACAGCAUUGUGGCAUUUUCUGGAUGGGCAGUCACUGGGAUAGGCGUAUCUGCGGACACGGUUUGGCCUUGCAUCUCAUGAUCCUUUCGGC